UUCAGUUCAACCCAAAUCAGCCAAAUUUACCGUUUCAAACAAGAAAAGCAAUUAAACAAACUCUCAUGCAGUCAUGCUAACGCUACUCCAAACUCUCAUGCACCGAUGCACGUGCUCAAUCUGACGGAUCCUACAGCCCACGUCCGACCUCGCCCAGAUCUAAAUUUGAAAACCUCAUUAGGUCAACGGCCCAUACUAGAUCAACUCCAGGAAAUCUUAAUACUUUUCGGUCACACCAAAUCGAAAGUCUCUCCCUCGCCUUCCAGCUUAAAGACUUUCAAGAAAACACGAGCUCUGAAACUGAAACCAUUUCGUUACCAUAAAAAGGGAGGUUUUGUUUUGAGAGAAAUGUUUGAUUAGAUCCUGAUGUUGAUAAACGGCGUGAUUUGAUUGAUUGGAAAAGAAUUAGAUGAUGGAUGUAGAGAGAUCAUCGCUGUGCAAUUGCGUGGUGAAUUUUCUACUAGAAGAAAAUUACUUGUUGACGGCAUUUGAAUUACUCCACGAGCUUCUCGACGAUGGCCGUGACGCUCAUGCUAUUCGCCUCAAGGAGUUCUUCUCCGAUCCUUCUCAUUUUCCCGCUGAUCAAAUCUCUCGUUACAACUCCAUUCGAGUUGUAGACCCUCAGAGUUUGCUAGCAGAGAAAGAAGCAAUAGAAGAAAAAUUAGCACUUAGUGACUAUGAACUGCGUUUAGCUCAAGAAGACAUUAUAAAACUCAAGACUGAGUUACAAAGGAAAGCAGAUCUCCCUCAGGAUAAAUUGAGUGAAUCAAGUGGGAGCAAUUCUAUAAAUCAUGCACUGGAAAUCCAUCGACAAAAGAGAGAUGCUCCCUUCUCUGAUUUGGGCCCAUUGAAGGCUAAUGAGCGAAAAGAUCUAAAUUGUGCGGUCAAGGAAUAUUUGCUGAUAGCUGGAUACCGACUAACUGCAAUGACGUUUUAUGAAGAGGUUACAGAUCAGAAACUAGAUGUUUGGGAAAACUCACCAGCAUCUGUACCUGAUGCCUUACGCCAUUAUUAUUAUCAGUACCUCUCUUCAACUUCAGAAGCUGCUGAGGAGAAAAUUUCUAUGAUUCGAGAAAAUGACUCAUUAAAAAAAGCAAAUGAGAGUUUAAAUCAUGAGAAAGAGUGCUUGAUGAAAAACAAGAAUUUGGCUGAAGGUCAAAUGAAUGCAUUAACGAAAUCCUUGGAAGCUGCUCAGAAGGAUCUGAAGGACAAGGAUAAGCUGAUACAAGAUCUGAAACAUGCCUGUGAGCACCAAAGGCAGGAACUAAAUGAUUGUAGAGCUGAAAUCACAUCUCUGAAAAUGCACAUUGAAGGAUCUCAUUCUGUACAAAAUUCGGUGGCUACUAAUGUUGACUCUACUCAAUCCCAGGCCUUCAAAAGUUACAAGGAAGAAAUAAAGUCUUUGCAGGUGGAAAUUGAAAGAUUAAAGGCAGAGAAAACACAUAUUUCAGAUUUAGUUGAUUCCAGCUUUGGUGAGAAAGAAUCAAUACAGACAGAAGAGAAAGUCGUUGAGAUGGAUGAAAAUAAAACUCUAAUCUCUCAUCCUAUUGAAGCGGCAGAAGUUGUAGACAGCAACACGCCAUUAAUGCCACUUCAAACAUUCGAGACCAGCACUCACAAGCCUGAAGAAAAUUUGCCAGAAUCAGUUAUGAAUACUUCAAGCAGUACUGAUUGUUUCCCAGAUGCUGGAAUUCUUUCCCAACAAGAUGAGAAACUACCAUCAGAAGAUGGUGGGUUGCAUUUAAAAUCAGAAAACCUUGGCUGUGGACCUGCUCCUGAUAAUACGGGUUUGGGAACGAUUCAAAUCCUUGCAGAUGCCUUGCCUAAGAUUGUUCCAUAUGUUUUGAUUAACCAUCGGGAGGAGCUUCUUCCGCUGAUAAUGUGUGCUAUUGAGCGGCAUCCAGAUAACAGCACUCGAGAUUCAUUGACACACACACUCUUCAAUUUGAUUAAACGUCCAGAUGAACAGCAGAGGCGAAUCAUAAUGGAUGCAUGUGUUACCCUUGCCAAAAAUGUGGGGGAGAUGAGAACGGAAACAGAAUUGCUCCCCCAGUGCUGGGAACAAAUAAAUCAUAUGUAUGAGGAGCGUAGGUUGCUGGUUGCUCAAUCAUGCGGAGAGCUUGCUGAAUUUGUCCAACCUGAGAUUCGUGAUUCUCUUAUUUUAUCUAUUGUGCAACAACUGAUUGAAGAUCCUGCAACUGUUGUUCGAGAAGCUGCUGCACACAACCUGGCCUUGCUGCUUCCACUCUUUCCGCUUAUGGAUAAAUAUUUCAAGGUUGAGGAAUUGAUGUUCCAAUUAGCCUGUGAUCCAUCUGGAGUGGUGGUUGAAACUACACUAAAAGAACUACUUCCUGCAAUAAUAAAUUGGGGAAACAAGUUAGACAAUAUUUUGAGAGUUCUACUCUCUCAUAUCUUAGGCUCUGCUCAGCGUUGCCCACCUCUUUCUGGAGUUGAAGGAUCAUUGGAGUCCCACCUUCGUGUUUUAGGUGAACGAGAGCGUUGGAAUCUUGAUGUUUUGUUAAGAAUGUUGGCUGAAUUGCUUCCUUAUGUGCAUCAGAAAGCCAUUGAGACAUGCCCAUUCUCAUCUGUUUCGGAGUCAAAUGGGACAAUAUUUUCCACCUCCAUACUUGAACUGUAUGCAGGGGGACAUGUCGAAUGGCCUGCAUUUGAAUGGAUGCAUGUCGAUUGCCUUUCUGGUUUGCUGCAGCUGGCUUGGUUGUUACCCCAGAAAGAAGAUAGUUUAAGAAACCGAACUACCAAGUUUUUGUUAGCCGUUUCUGAAUGUUUUGGGGAUUCUUAUUUGACGCACAUAAUGCUACCUGUAUUCUUGGUAGCGGUUGGGGAUGAUGCUGAUUUGAUGUUUUUCCCUCCCAACAUUCAUUCAAGAAUCAAAGGUCUCAGACCAAGAACAGCUGUUGCAGAGAGGCUUGCUAUUCUAGGUAUCCUGCCACUUCUCUUGGCGGGUGUUCUAGGAUCUCCUGGUAAGCGUGAACAGUUAGCAGACUAUUUGAGAAAGCUACUAGUUGAAGGUGCCAUGAAAGAGAAUCAGUCUACAACACACAACAUUGAUAUUGUUAAUGCUGUCCGCUUCCUUUGCACAUUUGAAGAGCAUCAUGGUAUGAUAUUCAAUAUCUUGUGGGAAAUGGUUGUAAGCUCUAAUAUAGAAAUGAAGAUCAGUGCUGCCAAUAUAUUGAAAGUCAUUGUGCCAUAUAUUGGAGCAAAAGUUGCAUCUACACAUGUUCUCCCUGCCUUGAUUACCCUUGGCUCUGACCAAAACCUGAAUGUGAAGUAUGCAAGCAUAGACGCAUUUGGAGCUGUGGCACAACAUUUUAAAAAUGACAUGAUUGUUGAUAAAAUACGUGUUCAAAUGGAUGCUUUUCUUGAAGAUGGAUCCCAUGAAGCAACCAUUGCUGUGGUCCGUUCAUUAGUGGUAGCAGUUCCACAUACAACAGAGAGACUAAGGGAUUAUCUUUUAUCUAAGAUUUUCCAACUGACAAGCACGCCUGUUUCUGCAACUGAUGUGAUGCAUCGUCGGCAGAGAGCUAAUGUAUUUUGUGAAGCCAUUCGUGCUGUUGAUGCAACAGAUCUUUCAGCAAAUAGCAUUCGCGAUUUCCUCCUUCCUACCAUACAAAACAUGUUCAAAGACCCUGAUGCACUAGAUCCAGCACACAAAGAAGCCCUUGAAAUAAUAUUGAAAGAAAGGUCGGGUGGGACUUUUGAGGCUUUGAGUAAGGUGAUGGGAGCUCACCUGGGGAUUGCAUCAUCGGUGACUAGUUUCUUUGGUGAGGGUGGGCUGCUAGGCAAGAAAGAGAUUACUGAAUCACCAACUGAGCCAGUUGAAUCCCCAAAAGCUGCGGCAGCACCUGCACCGGCAGAGGAUACCAGAUUCAUGCGAAUCAUGAGGGUCACUGACAUGCUUAGAGGCAAAGCAAAGAACCAAGAAGAAACACACCAGACUCAGUGAAAUCAAGUGAGACUGCUGCUUCCUUACUUCUAUAUUAUAUAUAUCUUUUUAAAAAACUCUUCACGUCAUAUAUGAGGAUGCUACGUAGUGGUAGCAGGUGGUCAUUUUUUUCAUUAUAUAAAUUAUUUUUUUAAAGCAUUCCUUAUCGCUUUCGAAGAAGGAAGAAAAUAGAGAUGAGAUUUGUGCGAAGGCACUUGAAAGAUUUGUUUUUGUAGAGUCUAAGCAUGGCCUUACUGUUAUAAGCAAUGCAUUAUUAUCUUUUUAAAAGUUUCUAGUUAUUGCUAUCUAUAAAUUGCUGUGUUGUUUUUUCUAGUUAUUGAACAUUCAUUCUUCGACAGUUUUAAGAGAAACAAAUUAAGUUUAAGCAAACUAGUGAAUUUAAUUCGUUUAGUGACUGAAAUAACUGAAAAGAAAACAAUGAAAAGCUUACUGUAAUAAUAUUUUAUAAAUGAUAU